AUGCACAGUGACAUUUACUUUUCCUCUCAUCUUGCUUCUCUCCUGAAAUUCAUUUAUCUGAAGUCCAUUCGCUUUACAAACUUUCAGCUUGAGCAAGAAAUUUUGAACUUCUCUGAAGGACUAAGAGUUUUAGGAUUGAAGCCAGAGGAAAAGCUUGCCAUUUUUGCUGAUAAUUCAUGUCGGUGGCUUGUCGCCGAUCAAGGAAUUAUGGCUACUGGAGCAAUCAAUGUUGUGAGAGGUUCAAGGUCGUCCGUUGAAGAGCUUUUGCAGAUAUACAGUCACUCUGAAAGUGUGGCAAUGGUUGUGGAUGAUCCUGUUUUGUACAACCAGAUUUUAGAAACCUUUCACGCACGAGCUACUAUAAGAUUUGUCAUUUUGCUGUGGGGAGAAAAAUCAAGCAUAAAAGAUGUAGCAGCAGCAGAAAUUCCUAUUUAUAGCUAUAAUGAGAUAACAAGUAUGGGUCAUGAGAGUCAUACGGCUUUGCUUCAUUCUGAAGAUGCCAGGAAGCAAUAUAUUUAUGAAACUAUCAGCUCCGAUGAUGUUGCUACGCUUGUAUAUACAAGUGGUACCACUGGCAAUCCCAAAGGUGUUAUGCUCACACAUGAGAAUCUGCUUCACCAGAUUAAAAAUCUAUGGGACAUUGUACCUGCUAUGCCUGGGGACAGAUUUCUAAGCCUGCUUCCACCUUGGCAUGCAUAUGAACGAGCUUGUGAGUAUUUCAUAUUUACCCAUGGAAUCGAGCAAGUAUACACAACAAUAAAAAAUCUAAAGGAAGACUUGCAACGUUAUCAACCUCAUUAUCUGAUUUCUGUUCCAUUAGUGUAUGAGACGCUUUACAGGGGGAUUCAGAAGCAAUUCAGUAUGAGUUCUGCUGUACGUAAACUUGUUGCUCUUCUAUUCUUGAGGAUCAGUUUAGCAUAUAUGGAGUCCAAAAGAAUUUACGAGGGGAAAUGUCUUACAAAAAAUCCAGAACAACCUUUCUUCCUUGUUUCUCUCGACUGGUUGUGGGCAAGGAUUGCUGCUGCAAUAUUGUUCCCAUUGCAUAUGUUGGCAAAGAAAAUUGUCUACAGUAAAAUUCAUUCUGCUAUUGGUAUUUCAAAGGCUGGCAUAAGUGGAGGUAGUAGCUUGCCAUUCCAUGUGGACAAGUUCUUUGAGGCUAUUGAAAUAAAAGUUCAGAAUGGAUAUGGUCUAACAGAAUCAUCACCCGUUGUUGCUGCUCGACAACCAAAUUGUAAUGUUCUUGGCUCAAUUGGGCAUCCUCUCAAACAUACAGAAAUAAAAGUUGUAGAUGCAGAAACAAACAAAGAUCUUCCUUAUGGUUCAAAGGGCAUUGUAAAAGCUAGGGGUCCACAAGUGAUGAAGGGUUACUACAAGAACCCACUCGCAACAAAGCAAGCAAUAGACGAAAGUGGCUGGCUGAAUACAGGUGUUAUUGUUCUCGAAGGACGUGCCAAGGACACUAUUGUCCUUUCAACAGGUGAAAAUGUUGAGCCAGAAGAGAUAGAAGAAGCUGCCCUGAGAAGUAGUCUUGUUCAGCAGAUUGUGGUCAUUGGCCAGGAUCAACGACUAUUGUUCUAUGAUGAGAUGGUUUCUGUUGGUUUGAAGCCAAAUGAAGUGACGUGUGGUCAUGUUGGCUUAGUGAACAAAGGUCACCAACUUUUCAAAUCUAUGGUUGAGGAAUAUGGAUUAAACCCAUCUCUUCAGCAUUAUACGUGCUUAUUGGAUCUUUAUAUUAGAUCAGGACACCUUGAAGAGGCUGAGAACAUCCUUAACUCAAUGUCCUUCAAGCCUGGUGAAGCCAUAUGCGCUUCUUUGUUGAGCUCUUCUAGGCGAGUUGGGAAAAGUGAAAUGGGAGUUAGAGUCGCAAAUCAUCUGCUGGAACUCGGACCAUAA